AUAGCAUUCCGGCGACUCCUCCGAUCUAUCACUUCCUGCAACCGUUUAACCGGAACGAUGGAAAGAGAAUGAGGAAUUACCGGUGCCGAUCAUCAUGUCGGUUUCCUGCUCCGAUCACUACUUCUGUGACUCCGACCUUCUUUGCAGCGAGGAUACAUCCGGAAUCUUGUCCGGAGAGUCGCCGGAGUGCUCCUCCGACCUUGAUUCCUCGCCAUCGCCAGUAGUUCCAGAGGAGUCGAUAGCCGGAUUCAUCGAAGAGGAGCGCAACUUCGUUCCUGGAUUCGAUUAUUUCUCCAGAGUUCAAUCUCAUUCGCCCGACGCCUCCGCCAGAGAAGAAUCCGUUGCAUGGAUUCUCAAGGUGCAAGCACACUAUGGUUUUCAGCCGCUGACGGCGUAUCUUUCCGUCAACUAUUUGGACCGGUUUUUGGAUUCUCGGGAGUUUCCUCAAUCGGAUGGGUGGCCGAUGCAACUUUUAUCUGUUGCUUGUUUGUCAUUAGCUGCAAAAAUGGAGGAACCUUUAGUUCCGCCCCUUUUGGAUCUACAGGUAGAAGGUGCCAAAUAUAUAUUUGAGCCAAGAACAAUUCGUCGGAUGGAACUACUUGUUCUGAGUGUUCUGGAUUGGAGGCUAAGAUCAAUCACGCCAUUCAGUUUCAUAGAUUUCUUUGCUUGCAAACUGGAUCCAACGGGAACUUUCACUGGGUUACUCAUUUCUCGGGCUACAGAAAUAAUCUUAUCUAAUAUCCAAGAGGCUAGCUUUCUUGCCUAUCGGCCAUCAUGUAUUGCUGUCGCGGCCAUACUUUGCUCAGCUAAUGAAAUUCCUAACUGGUCUCUUGUUAAGCCUGAGCAUGCUCAGUCAUGGUGCCAGGGACUGAUAAAAGAGAAAAUCAUAGGUUGCUACCAGUUGAUCCAAGAACUUGUGGUUGACAAUAAUCGGAGGAAGCUGCCUAAAGUCUUACCACAGUUGCGAGUAACGAUCCAACCCAGAGUGAGUUCAAGUAUUUUAUCUUCGUCUUCGUCUUCUUCCUCCUCCUCCUCUUCGUCGUCGCCUAGUAAAAGGAGGAAAUUAAAUAACUGCUUGUGGGUGGAUGAUGACAAAGGAAAUGCCCAGUGAAUAUGGCGAAAAAGGAGGGGUAAAAAAAUAAUGGUGGUCCAUAUUGCCUAGAAACCUCAGCAUUUUUUCAGAGGGUUUUGAUAUUAAAAAUUGACUGAAGUGAUGGUGUAGAUUAUAGUAUAUAUACAUAUGUUGUAUGUAUCAGAGUUUGGUGAGUUUGGGAAAGUUUUGUUAUUACUUUUCUUUUUGGUGGGUACGGCCAGUCAUUAAUGGCUUUGCAGAUUCCCAAGGGAGUGGGGAUCUGCGACAUAAAUAUAUCUUUGAGAGAGAGAGAGAUGCAUUUAAUGGUUUGGUCAUGCAAGUGUGUGGAAUGAACAUGAAGGAAGCGAAGCGAGCGAUGGUGAUGAUGGAAUUCGAAGGUGGCAUUGAUUUUUCGCAAAAGGAAAGGCGCAUUGUGGGGCAGUGCUCUGGAGAACCUCUGAAAGAAAAAGCAGAGAGAGCCAACAAAAUCAAUGGGGUUGGCAAAACCUUGGGAGAUUAAACUUUGAAGUUUGAGCUGUUAAUAGCCUAAAUAUUAUACGCAAGUCAAGCUUCUCAUCCUGGCCAACAUCAUUGCCUUCAACAUCAACUUGCGCGUUUCUUUGAUGUGGAUGCCCCCAAAGUGAUCACCAAAAAUUGCAAAAAGCUCAGUCUUCUCUCUUCAUUUUGUGGACUUUCUGAUGGCUACUGUAUGCGGACGCUUUAGGUGCGCGGCAUGCACUUGUGCUUGCGUGAUAUUUGUUUUUUCUUUUUAUAUUUCCCACAAGGGAAAUAAGGUUCUCUGCUUGUUUCUUUUCUUUUUUUUUUGGGCUUCGAGCUUCAGCCUAACUAUACCUACAGGACUCUAUUGGUGUGGCGUCCUCCGAGCGUGUGAUGGAAACACGUCUCUACAGGUUUAAAUUUUGGCAUUUUUUAUUUGUUUUUCCAGAGGGGAUGAGAACUACCCUCUUUUUUAUAGCCUAAUUGGCUAAACAAAACUGAAUAGGUCUUUGGGGCCUUUUCAUGCGUGCUUGUGUAUUUAAUUCUUUAAUAAUAUAAUAUACUCUCAUGAUCCAUCUGUAGAAUAUUUCUUUCUUUAUAUAUUCACUCCCUUCUUUUGCCAA